AUGGUCAAGAAUCGCAAGGAAAAACCCAUCAAGCUCCGCCAGCCCGACCGCUCGGGUCCAACCGAACAGACGCUGCUGCAGCUCGCCGACGAGCAGCAGCUCUUCAAAAAGGCCGCCAAGAGAGAAAAACAGCUUGCUGGAGGCGACGGCGAUGACGACGAAAACGAAGACGAUGAUGAAGAGGGCCAGAUGUCGCCCGGCGCGGAGCGGUUCCUCGAGGCGCUGCUGUACACGUCGACGCUGGCGACGCUGCACCUGACGUUUGACGUCUUGGUGAUGAAUCAGUACGGCACGGCGAUCAAGUGGGACAGGGUGGUGAAGAACGCCGGCAGAGCAUUCAUCGCCUUCUUCUUCCUCUUCUACGCCCUCCACCCCUCCGAGCCCAACGCCACCCUCAUCCCCGGCCUGCCGCGACGCUUCCAGCGGCCCCUCCGCCAGCUGCUCUUCUUCGCCAUGAGCUGCGUCGCCGGCUGCGCCCUCGUCUACACCACAAACUCAAAGGGCUACCUGGCCAACAUGAAGCGCGCGCCGCCGCUGGGGUGCAUCUGGCUGUGGGCCGUCGUCGAGCUGGACCUGCUGUGGGCGGUGCCGAGCCUGGCCGUCACGGGCAUGUACUUGUGGGUGAAUGGCUAUUCGAUUAAAUAA